CGACACAGGUGAGCCGUUUCCUGCACUGACACUUAUCUGGCUUCAUACCCCGCUCCACAGGCAACCAAACACGAAGCUGAAGUUCCACUUGUUGUUCAAUCUUUGCGCAAGUUUCAUCCACCAGAGACACGUUGUUCACCGCAGCAGGCUCCUGGCGCCAGUCUGUCGUCAACCUGUAAUUAGAGCAAAUGCGAGGGCCAAGCAGUCAAAAACACAACAGCAAGAACGACUACAAUUCUACCAAACAAAACUUAUCUAGGCCCGCCUUGGCAAAUUACAAUGAACGCUUGGCAAAUUGCAAUGAACGCAGCUGGAGCCGACCAGAACCUCCGUCAGGCGCAUGACAGGCUCGACGCGGAGGCUUUUCGGCUUCGUGCUUGGACUGAAAGAGUUAUGGCAGAUCCCGAGAGGAAUCAACUGCCACCCGAAGUCUCAAGCAUCUCCAACCAGCUUUCAUCUCAACUAGUCAACCUCCAAGAACGCCUGAAGAAACGGCGAGAUUCGUCGACACUGCGGAAUUUGGCUCGCCGUUCGAUCUACAACCCAUCCCGACAACGGCUCUUGUUUGAUGAUGAGUUACGGGUCUGCCAGCAACUGAACAAUGCCCUGUCGGAGUAUUAUCCGCCGGAAGCAGCUCUACUUCAGUCGAUCAAAACCCGGCAGGAUGCUCUGAGCGCAGAUAUCGAUCGUAUCAGGUACGAAACCAUUCAAUUAAGGCAUGACGUUCAGAUCAUACCGCAGGACACUAGAAUUAAUAGUCGGGGACCUGGACCGCGGGUUAACAACCUUCGGCUGCACCGUACCAAUAUAUCCGCUCAGGAUCCGUAUAGUCUUUUCCAAGCCUUUGACGCCAAUAACGUUGAGCUCCAUGAUGCAAAUCUACACUUCGGUAAAGGUCUGGAUCGGCUGGCAGCCCACUCGGAGGAAGAGAGCGAUGAAGCGAACUUACUUGACUAUGGCCAGCGCAGAGGGAGCGACCCUGACACAACAAUGGGCAAGCGAUUCCCUACCAUCGAGAGACUCCACACAACUUCUGUGAAAGGGCUCCAGCUUCUCGCGGAAAGCCCAGACAUAGAGGGCCAUGAAACGGAAGAAGCAGCAACUGAGCUCCGAUCUUGGGGAGUUGGGAUUCUUGAAGGCCCGCUGGGACUGGAUCGGAUAGUUCAACCCAAUUCUGCAUACGAGACAGGCGUACCGCCGCUGGAUGUCGGCUUUCAACGGCUCUCGACGAAAUUUCUGAAAAUCCUGCUCAACAUUGAAUUCUUGAUUGUUUCACUGCAGUUGGACACCCCUAGCACAAUAUCCUAUCUUCACGAUCUCGAUCGAAUAUUUGAUAUGGAGGCUCUUAAAGACGAUAUCCAGCAUCUCUCCGUUCCCUUCACGAACCUCGAAGAAGAAACCCCUGCGCAAUAUUUCGUUGAUAUAAUCUAUAACGAGAUUGAGGAUCUUUAUGAUAUUUCACCGGGUAUAGCAUCUCUUCGACAUCUUUGCAACUAUAAGGAACCACGUCUUAUCAAGAGACGGUCCUCUAGCGUGACAUCGGCCGAAGACUUUGCGGUUGAACGACUUGAACGUAAUGCCGAAUUGAUCGAAGAGAACCUUCAACUAAGCGCAGCUAUUGCAGCAUCGCUACGGCAAAAGGAGAAGGAGGAACGAAAGGAGAAAUCGACCGAAGACACGAUGGCCUCACUUUUCGAACAGGAGAUUAUGCGGCUCCAGGAAUGGAAACGCAAUUUGAAGGUAGAGGUCGGAUUGCCAAGGGAGAUCUCAUCCAUAUUGCUCGAGUUACAGAGAUCGCUAUCUAAAUUGAAGAGAGGCUUCGAUGAAGCCGGUCACGAAAAGAGCGGCCCUUUGGAUGCGCAGCUCAAGAUAGCACUGGAUGACUUCUCUUCCCACGUUCAUCGGCUUGAUGAGCUUUCGAUCGAGAAAAGGCCGCAUAAAGACGACAGCCUAAAGGGCCAGAAGCGUUCUAAAGGAGGCGGAGAGGAUGCGCUGAUAUCUGGUGCCGUAAAUAUACCGAGCCCGAGAGCUUAGUAUAAUCUUUCAUACUAAUAUAAGUACCUAUACUUCAAUACAUAUUGAUGAUCGCAUGAACGA